AAGUUUGAAUAUAUUAGUAGACUCUAAGUUUAUCGUGGUCACGUGGUGUAUCUAAACGACGAAACCUCAUUUCGCUUUCGCAACUGCCAGGGACAUGCUAGCGGCUGACUAGUGUAAGUAACAAAACACUUACCUGGUGAAGGCGUAAAUAACCUCAACACACAGUAAAGAAAAGGCGUUCUUCAACCAUGGCUUAUCAAGUGGAAGAUUUCAAAAGAAACCUACCUAUUGUUGUGUUGAUCGCCUCAUUAAUUCUUACAUGUAAAGCUCAGCUACAUGAAGAGUCGCCUUCAGAGUAUGAGGUGCACCUGACUUGCGCUUUCGGCGAGAACAUCAAGGAAAACAUCAGGCCGUUCAAGAUAACUGAUGACCAAUCAGUGAGUGCUCUUACGUGUUCUUGGAGAGGAACAAAACCAUUCUGCGCUGUAGGAGAUGGUUACAUCUACAACUGGGUUCUGUCUGACAAAGUGAUUGUCAAGAAAUCCAAGGCACCAGGACCGAGAUUUUGCAAUUGUUUUCUUAUCGAUCAGGACAAAACAGAGUACGAAAGACCAUGUACAGUUGCAGGACCAUUCGAAAGUCUCGAAAACAAAGAACUUCACACACAACCACCCAAACUGGACGGAGACAUUGCUCCACAGAAGUCUCCAUUAGAAGAUUUAGCUCCAAUAGGUGUACAGUCAGACAACACAUUGCUGAUUACUGGUGUUGCACUAACUGCAGCUUUGUUGGUCCUCCUUGCUACAGUAACGGUCAUCGUCAUCAUGAGACGGCCCUGUGACCGUCAACGCCAAGAGGAAGAUCCGAAUGUUAACCAAUCGCUUGUGAAGGAUGCUACUAAAUAGGAGCUUCACGAUUUCGCAAGAAAUUACUCCAAGCGAAAGCAUCUUACAGAUGUUAAGCUUUCUCAUCUGUAUAAAAUAUAUGGACACCCUAGACAAAGUGAGGCAGUGAUGAAUUACUUUUCCGAUCAUUGCAAAGUAUGAGCAGUUGUGCUUUACCUGAGAUCCCCACAUCACAGCAUAAGUACACAACAAUAACAAACUCCAGGAACUUCAUUGGAGCUUAAGAAUGCGAGUCGUUGAGAAAUGAAAAAAAAUAAGGUUUAGUGACAACACAAUUGUAUUAAGUUCUUUUUAUCUUCAGUAGUUUUGUUAUUAUUUUGCAUAACUUUUUUAUGUUUAUAGGUAUUAGGCGAGGAUGGAAUUAUUAGAAUGUUGUCACACUUUUAUUGUGAGAUCCGGACUAGAGUGGAAAAAAGUUUCUCCUGUUUCACUUACAUGUUCCUUACCCCGGUGCGGGAUGAGUAACUCAUCACUCUAUUAUUUUAUAAUUGUUUCGAUCAUCAGCUACCUGUGUGGUACCUUCAUCUGUUCUACACUCUUUGCCAGUCAUCUUUACUGAGCGUGAGUAAGAAGUAAGCUUUGGCGGAGACGCGGAAGUCCACCUUCUGAAAACGAGGCGGUGACGAUGACCUGUGCCAUGUCUUGUCCACAGAUUGCUAUUCACUAAAAACAGUUUGUUUUCUAACAUUUAUAUUCAGUGACUAGACACAAGUAGGGACCCAUUGGCAUUGAGACACUUGCUUUAUUCAAUGUCAGAAAUUAGGAGAGAGAGAGAGAGAGAGAGAGAGAGAAAAAGUCUUUCUGAUUUAAGAGUUCAUAUAUUGUGAAUUAUGAACCCCUGUGUUCGGGAAGAGAUGAGAAGAACGAAAGUUACUAAAAUAAUCAUGAUAAAAAAUAAUAGCACCUACAUCAGCACUAUAUAUAUAUAUCUCUGAGGUUCAGAAUCCUGUUCUCUGAUAAAGUAGUGAUAAAGAAGUUUUUGUGAUAGCAGAUUUUACUUGUCAUCGUGAUCGUCAUCUAUAUAUAUAUUGUUAUUGUGCUUAUUUUGAUUGUGUUAUUGUCAUUCACAUUCACCAGUAUGAAGUAAGGCGCACGAUGAACAUUGGGAUGACAACGAGAGAAUUGCUGACAUGUUUCUCGUGUAACUCUUAAGUUUUCGUGAAGUAUGUUUGAAAACAUCAGUUUGAUUGCCUUGAUCUCUCUUCCAUCACGAGUUAUUUAUCGUUAGAUAACACUCACUAUUCGUCUUCAGCUUGUGCAGGAAAGAAGCUCUUCUUGGGGGGGGGGAAACGAAUAAAUUCUUUAGCUUCUGAAAAACGUAAAGUGAUGAAAAGUAAUGAGUGCUGUCUUUUGGACAGCUUCAAAAAAUUGUCCAUUUAUUAAGUGCCUACAACUCACGGGAAAAAAAAUUUAAGGACAUGUCAAGAUGGCAUUAAAAGCAGAUGAUUUAAAGAAUUGUCGAGCAUAAGGUUACAUGGGCAGACCGACAUUUAUAAAUUAUGUAAGUACGCAUGCACGGUGAGUUAAAAAGAGAGACUUGAUUUGCUACAUUCAGUGUAGGCCGUUGCCUAAUAAGAAAAAAGGAGAGUAAGAAAAAGUUCAUCUCUCUACCAUGGAUUACUGUGGAAGUUUAUAUUUUCUCAUUAUUUUUUUUAAAGUUAUUUGUAUAAGUUUCUUUAGUACUACUGUGGAGAUAUAUUUAAGCUUCUGCUGCAUUGAAUAAACAUA